GUUGAUAUUUUAUAUCUUGGAUAAAUGUUAACAAACGUACAGAAAGCCUUUUAAUCGUUAUUAAACUGAAAAGUGCCCUUAUUAGCAUAAUUUUCGUUUUUGUUACUAAAAGUUUUUUUUGUAGCAAUGGGGAGCGGUGAUAAGAAGCGACGUUCCAGGAGCCGGGAACGAAGCGACAAGGAUAAACGCUCCAAAAGGUCUAGGUCUCAUAGUAGGGAUAGAUUGCAUAAGAGGCAUAGGUCUCGAUCCAAGGAGAGGGAUCCGAAAGCAUAUGAUAGAGGUAAAGCAGAAAAUAAAAGGUUUGAUGAAAGAGAUAAGAAAGAUGAGAAGCACAGAAAGGAUAGACUUUCCGAAGCUGAGGAGAAAAUUGAUGAAAAAGAUUUAAAAAUUAGGGACGAGUCUAAGAAAGAACCACUGUCUUUGGAAGAGCUUCUAACUAAAAAGAAGGCUGAGGAAGCUGCAAAGAGCAAGCCUGUGUUUCUAACUAAAGAACAAAGAGCUGCAGAAGCAAUUAAGAGGAGACAGGAGGAGGUGGAUCGCAUUCGGAAACAACAGGAUGCUGAGCGCAAAAUAAUUGAAUAUGCCAAGAGUAGCAGAACACAGCCUGAGGUCCCUCAUAAGGAAGAUCGUGAGUAUCGACGCAGGGAUAGAGAGCUCAAAGAGGAAGAUAAACAGAAGGAUAAGGACAAGGAACGCGAGACGGAUGCUAUAAAGGAACGCUAUUUGGGUCUCAUAAAGAAGAAACGGCGAGUAAGACGGUUGAAUGAUAGGAAAUUUGUGUUCGAUUGGGACGCAGGAGAAGAUACCUCAACUGAUUACAACAAUUUGUACAAGGACAGGCACCAAGUGCAAUUCUUUGGUAGAGGCAACUUGGCCGGCAUAGAUAUAAAGGCACAGAAGAGAGAUCAAAGUAAAUUCUACGGUGAGUUGCUUGAGAAGCGCAGAACGGAAGCGGAAAAAGCUCAGGAGAAGGUGCGAUUGAAGAAGGUCAGACGAAAGGAGGAGAAACAGUUGUGGGACGAUCGUCAUUGGUCGGAGAAGGAGUGCGGCGAGAUGACCGAAAGGGAUUGGAGAAUUUUUAGGGAAGAUUACAACAUCACCAUUAAGGGUGGCAAAAUACCAGAGCCGAUUAGAAAUUGGAAGGAGUCUGGAAUACAGAAGGAACUUUUGGAAAUUAUUGAUAAAGUUGGUUACAAGGAUCCAACGCCAAUUCAGAGACAGGCCAUUCCAAUUGGUAUGCAGAAUAGGGAUAUUAUUGGUGUUGCCGAAACUGGUUCCGGUAAAACGUUGGCCUUCCUCAUUCCGUUACUAUCGUGGAUUCAGUCGUUGCCUAAGAUUGAGAGAAACGAAGAUGCUGAUCAAGGACCGUACGCUAUAAUCUUGGCGCCAACUCGUGAGUUGGCGCAGCAGAUCGAAGAGGAGACAGUCAAGUUCGGUCAACCAUUGGGAAUACGAACUGUCGUCGUAGUGGGUGGCUUAAGUAGGGAGGAGCAAGGUUUCAGGCUGAGAAUGGGAUGCGAAAUUGUCAUUGCGACUCCCGGUCGUCUUAUCGACGUCUUGGAAAAUCGUUAUUUAGUCCUAAAUCAGUGUACCUAUAUUGUAUUGGACGAAGCCGAUCGUAUGAUAGAUUUAGGUUUCGAGCCUGACGUGCAGAGAAUCCUUGAGUAUAUGCCUGUCACUAACCUGAAGCCCGAUACAGAGGAGGCUGAAGAUAGCAAACUGUUGUUGGCAAAUUACAACAGCAAGAAGAAGUACCGGCAAACUGUGAUGUUUACGGCAACUAUGCCGCCGGCUGUGGAACGGUUGGCUAGAACCUAUUUGAGAAGACCUGCGGUAGUGUACAUUGGAAGCAUCGGUAAACCUGUGGAGAGAGUGGAACAAAUCGUUCACAUCGUUGGCGAAGGAGACAAGAGGAAGAAGUUGAUGGAGUAUCUGUCGAGAGGAGUGGAACCGCCUGUGAUUAUCUUCGUGAACCAGAAGAAAGGAGCCGACGUUUUGGCUAAAGGCCUCGAGAAGCUCGGAUACAACGCUUGCACAUUGCACGGUGGUAAAGGACAAGAACAAAGAGAGUACGCCUUGGCCAGUCUUAAAUCUGGUGCCAAGGAUAUUUUGGUCGCGACAGAUGUCGCCGGAAGAGGUAUCGAUAUUAAGGAUGUAUCUAUGGUCAUCAACUACGAUAUGGCCAAAACUAUCGAAGAUUACACCCAUCGUAUUGGCCGUACUGGUCGUGCCGGAAAGACCGGUAUUGCGGUCAGUUUUUGCACAAACGAUGAUUCUGCUCUGUUCUAUGAUCUGAAGCAAAUGUUGCUCAGCUCACCGGUGUCCAAUUGUCCGCCAGAGUUGAUGAACCACUCGGAGUGCCAGAUCAGGCCUAAUCAACCCAAGCGCAGGAGGGAUGAAAUGAUUUUCGCUUAGAUUUUAAAAGAAUAUAUAUUAAAAUAAUAAUUA